AUGACCGACCAGGUUACAGGGGCCAGCGCCGCCCGGAACAUCCUGCUCUUCGGCUCCCUGGCGCUCUCAUUCGACCAGUCAAGCUUCGAACAGCUUCGCAAGACAGUGGUGGAGACCGAGAGCAACAGCUGGCUCUACGAUGCUGUCAAGACACUCCCGCAAGCCUGCGAGACGGCGCUGAGCGCGCUCGCCGAUUCAGGGGUGCUGCACCAACCGACGGCCCGUCUCGCCCUGAAGCAGCUGGUUGAUCUCGAAGAGGCUUUCAUGACAGGCCGUCCCCUGGAUACGGCAUUUCCGCUGCCUAACGCGGUGUUGAUCCCGCUUGUUGUUCUGGCUCAGUUGGCGCAGUAUGACGAGUUUAGGCGACAACAAGAAUCUGGUCAUGGACAUGGACGGGAGACGCUGGGCUUGUGCACGGGUUUGUUGGCCGCCGCCGCCGUGUCGGGGGCACACAACGAGGAUGAGCUGAAGAGAUAUGGGGCGGCUGCCGUGAGAUUGGGCAUGCUUGCCGGCUUGGUGGUUGAUGGUCAGGAUGUAGUGUCUGGGGUGGGACGGUCGAGGUCCCUCAGUGCUGCGUGGAGCUCGGCGGAAGGGAGGGGAGAGAUGGAGAGGAUCGUGAAGGAGAAUGGAAAGGCUUAUGUCUCGGUCUACUACGAUGUCAACCGCGCCACCAUCACCUGCGGUGCCGACGACAUUUCUGACUUGACGCGCCGUCUGCAUGCCGCCGGCAUCAGUGCGUCAGAGAUCGGCCUCUACGGACGCUUCCACUCCUCAGCCAACUUAGCCAUCGUCGACGAACUCAUCGCCUUCUGCAAUGCACACAAUGCCUUCAGACUGCCCCACGCCACUUCACUGGCCACCCCUACCCGAUCAAACGAUGCAAGUGCGGCCCUGUUGAAAGACGGGCCGCUGCACGCUCAUGCUCUCCGGUCCAUCCUCGUUGAGCCACCCUCAUGGUUUGAUGCCUUUGGUGCUGCCAUCCAAGACAAUGGCGAAGAUGGUGCCGCUGUCGAGGUCCUCAGCUUUGGCCUCGAGCGCAGUGUGCCCCCGUCCCUGGCGUUGAGGGGCCCGCCCAACGUUCGAGUGGUGCACCUAAGCGACCAGACGACCAAAGUCAAAGCAGACAGACGAUCCGAGCGAACGUGGAUGGACAGUGACAUCGCAGUCGUAGGCAUGUCAUGCAAGGUCCCUGGCGCUAACAGCCUGGAGGAGUUUUGGGAUAUCCUGGUGGCAGGCAGAUCACAGCAUCGCGAGAUUGACCCGGCUCGGUUCUCCUUCGAGGAUACCCCCUUUCGCACUUCAACCGAUGCCAACAUGAACCGUAAGUGGUUCGCCAAUCUGAUUGAGGGCCAUGACCAGUUCGAUCACCGCUUUUUUAAGAAGAGCGCACGCGAAAGCGCCUCGAUGGAUCCGCAGCAGCGCCAGUUGUUGCAAGUGGCUUAUCAGGCUGUCGAGCAGAGCGGGUACUUCCAGCAGCAUUUCGAAGGCCCAAAGCGCAUCGGCUGCUUUGUGGGCGUGUGUCUGGGCGACUACGACAACAACGUGGCAAGCCACGCCGCAAACGCCUUCACUGCCACGGGCAACCUACAGGGCUUCAUCUCGGGCAAGGUCUCGCACUUCUUUGGGUGGACUGGACCGGCGCUCACCAUCAACACGGCCUGUAGCUCGUCUUUGGUGGCGGUACAUCAGGCAUGCCAGUCUAUCCUGUCGGGCGAAUGCGACGGCGCGCUCGCUGGGGGAUCACACGUCAUGACAUCUGCCGAGUGGUUCCAGAAUCUGGCAGCAGGCUCGUUUUUGAGCCCGACCGGGCAGUGCAAGCCCUUUGACAUGAAGGCCGACGGCUACUGCCGUGGCGAAGGGGUCGGAGCUGUCUUCCUCAAGAAGAUGAGCAAAGCCGUCGCGGAUGGAGAUCCCAUCCUGGGCGUCGUCGCCGCUUCCGCCGUCCAGCAGAACCAAAACUGUACUCCCAUAUUCGUGCCCAAUGUACCGUCGCUCGGGGACCUCUUCACCAAUGUGAUGGCCAAAGCAAAGGUUAAGCCGUCGCAGAUUUCCGUCGUUGAAGCCCAUGGAACCGGGACAGCCGUGGGAGACCCCGCCGAGUACGAUAGCAUCCGCAAGGCCCUCGGCGGAGAGGUGAACCGGGGAUCUGGGAAGCAGUUGAUGGUGAGCUCUGUGAAGGGGCUUGUCGGCCAUAUGGAGUGUACCUCUGGGGUCAUCAGCCUGAUCAAGGUACUGCUCAUGAUGGACAAGGGCGUGUUGCCGCCGCAGGCCAGCUUCGAGACAGUCAAUCCGGCAAUCAAGGCCUCGCCCGCUGAUCGGAUGUUCAUCCCCACGCGACCCCAGCCAUGGGAUGCCGACCUCCGCGCUGCCCUCAUCAACAACUAUGGCGCGUCGGGAUCCAACGCGUCCGCUGUGGUAUUGCAGGCGCCAGAUCUGAAGAGAACUGAGAAACUUCAGAUGCCAGCGGGGGCCAAAUAUCCUUUCUGGAUCAGUGGCUUCGAUAACAAGGCAUUGGCCCGCAAUGUCAAGGCCCUUCGAAAUUAUCUUGCUCGAUCGGCCGGCAACAUAUUUCUGGCCGGUCUGUCCUACAAUCUUGCCUACCAGACCAACCGUACCCUGGAUUCAACCUUGAUAUUCACAGCACGUUCCCUUGGAGAGCUGGAUGAAAAUUUGGCAGCAUUUGAUUCACACAAGAAUGCCAGCUCCGCCACCGGCUCAGCAUCCGCCACGGCGGCACCGACUGUUAUUCUGUGCUUCGGAGGCCAAGUCUCCUCGUACAUCGGCCUCGAUCCCCAAGUGUACCAUAGCGUGGCCAUUCUGCGCAAGCAUCUCGACCGUGUCGACGCCGUUAUCCAGUCUCUCGCGUGUCCGAGCAUCUUCCCGGCCAUCUUCCAGCGUACUCCAGUCGCCGACACGGUCCAUUUGCAGACGAUGCUUUUCGCCAUGCAGUAUGCCUGUGCGCAGAGCUGGAUUGACUCGGGUAUACGACCGGCUUCCCUCGUGGGCCACAGUUUCGGUGAACUCACGGCGCUCUGCAUCGCGGGGAUACUCUCGUUGGAGGACACGGUCAAAAUGAUCGCGCGCCGGGCCGCGCUUGUGCGGGACGCCUGGGGACCCGACAAAGGCGCCAUGAUGGCUGUUGAAGCUGAUCUUGGUGACGUGAAAUCGGUGCUGGCUGAUGUCAAUGUCGGGCAUGCGGAUCAGCCUGCCACCAUUGCUUGUUUUAAUGGACCGAGGAGUUUUACUCUUGCAGGACCGACUUCGGCGAUUGACCAUGUGGCUGCUCGGUUCGAGGAUCUUUCUGCGAAGAACAAGACCGUGAAGUCCAAGAGGCUAAAAGUGACGAACGCAUUCCAUUCGGUGCUGGUCGAUGCGAUAUAUGACGACCUCCUGCGAACCGCUGAGGGCUUAACCUUCCGCAAGCCUGCGAUACCCCUGGAGCUCGCGACAGAAGAGGGCAGUCGAGAGCCUGAGUUCACAACUCGCUUCGUGGCGGACCACAUGCGCAAACCAGUCUACUUCCACCACGCCGUCGAGCGUCUGGCACGGCGAUACUCGUCCGGCCCUUGCAUUUUCCUUGAAGCGGGUACCAACUCGACAAUAACCUCCAUGGCCGCCCGAGCGCUGGCACAUGUUAACGGGACGCACACAUUCCAUGGCGUCAACAUGGCUAACUGCGACGAUGGAUGGAACAAACUGACGGAUGUCACCAUGUCACUGUGGAGGGCUGGUCUCCGGACACAGCACUGGGCUCACCAUGGAUUACAAAGGAGACACCAGCUUGGCCUCAAGCCACUUCUCCUACCUCCAUACCAAUUUGAUCCGGACGCUCGGCACUGGAUGGAGCUCAAGGCGCCGCCCAAAGUAGUUCCAAGGCCGGUAGGCGACGAGACCGAGAGCUCGGCAUCGGUUGCUGAAAAGCAACCAGAAGGGCCUCUGACCUUCUGUGGGUUCCAGGAUGGUGAUGCCCAGAAUCAAGCACUCUUCCGUGUCAACACAGCAACCGACAAAUACAAACAUCUCCUCUCGGGCCAUGUUACCAUGGAGACGGCACCGAUCCUGUCCGCCACGCUGCAGAUUAGCUUCGUCAUGGAUGCAAUCUGCAGCAUCCACCCGGAGUAUCGCACAACCCAUCGCCAGCCUCAGAUCCAGGAUGUGCAAUACAAGUCGCCCGUCUGCGCCAACUCGGCGCGCACGACAUGGAUUGAAGUCACCAUUGAAUCCCGAGACGGGGGAGAUGGCGAGUGGAACUUUGAGGUCUUUAGCACCGCGUACCAGGACCAGAAGCAAAGCACAACAAAGCGAAUGGUGCACACAAUCGGCAAGAUCCAGUUCCGCAAUCUUGACGAUUCGGACUUGAAGCGCCAGCUGGCACGUUACGAACGCUUGUUUGGACAUGGCCGAGCCUCCGAGCUGCUUCAAGGCAGCGUCGAGAUCGAUGAGGUGCUGGGCAACCGCACCAUCUACCGGCUAUUUUCCGAGAUUGUUGACUACGGUGACGAGUUCCGCGGGCUACAGAAAAUGAUUGUGCGCGGCAAUGAAACGGCGGGACAUGUCCUUCGGCUUAAUCAGGACCCGGAGCUCUGGUUUGAUCCGCACCUAGCUGAUACUUUCUGUCAGCUUGGGGGUCUCUGGAUUAAUUGUGUCGUGGACCGCGGACAAAGCCAUGUCUAUCUUGCGAAUGGGAUUGAUCAGUGGAUUCGUUUGCAUGCUCCCGACAAGAGGCCUGAGAAGUUUGAUGUCUUUGCGGUGCAUCACCGUCCGUCUGAGCAGCUGUCGUUGACGGAUGUCUUUGUCUUUGAUGCGGAGGCAGGGGUGCUGGUUGAGGUGAUACUUGGCAUUGCUUAUGUCAAGAUACCGAAGAUUUCCAUGGAGAAGCUGCUCACAUCGUUAACGGAACCUUCAUGGAUCAACAAGAAAUCGGCAUCACGCGGUGAGGAUGUGGCGACGGCAGCAGCAGCUUCUCCGCCGGUUCCUGCUCCGCCGGUGCUUGACAGCAUCUCGAGAUCCACUCAGCCUCCAUCGGCAAUAGCGUCAACAGGUCGACCUAAGGCGUCCGUCAAAAAGGCCAAGACGCAAAAGACGGCCGACCAAGGGCUCCAGGGCUUGACAUCGAAGGUCAAAGCCAUCAUUGCGGAUCUUUCAGGGCUAGAAGUACAUAAGAUCAAGGACGACAGCGAGCUAGCUGACCUGGGCAUCGACUCCCUCGCCGGCAUGGAGAUGGUGCACGAGAUCGAAUCGACGCUGAAAGUGAAGCUCCCGGAAGCCGCCAUUCUCGUGGUAACCGACAUGCCAGGACUGAUCAAAUGCGUUGCCGAGGCCGUGGGCAUCACGGCCGAGGAGUCAAGCGGGGAUUCAGACAGCGAUACCUCCAGCAUCCUGUCUUCGGCAGACAGUACCACGGCCAUAACCAAUACCAGCCUAAGCACCCCGUCUUCGGAAUCGGACAAGGAGGACCACCCGGGCCACGAGGCUGACUUGAAGCCGGAUGCGGGCGAGCUUCGACUCCCUUUCUCAACCGUCAUGGAGGCCUUCAAUGAGACGAAGAGGCUGACCGACGGUCGUGUGGCUGAAAUGGGGCAGACGAGCUACGUCUCCCAGUCGCUGCCGCUUCAGAAUGAGCUCACGGUGGCGCUGACGAUUGAGGCUUUUGAGUCUCUCGGUGCUGGGUUUCGGAAUGCCGCCCCCGGAGAGCAGCUUACGAGGAUUCCACACGGCAAAGAACAUAAUCGUUUUGUGACGUACUUGUACGAAAUGCUCGAAGCCGAAACGCAGAUCAUCAAGCUCGACAGCGGCGUCAUUACCAGGACUGCCGUGCCGCUCCCGCAGCGCCGCAGCAGGGAUAUCUACGAUGAGCUCAACAGAGACCAUCCCGACCAGCAUUCCGCCAACGAGCUCACAUACUACGCCGGGGAGAAUCUCGCCCGCGUUCUUUCCGGGGAAACGGACGGUGUUAAGCUCAUCUUCGGCAGCACCCAGGGCCGCAACCUCGUCAGCCACUGGUACGCCGAAUGGCCGCUGAACCGAGUGCUGAUCGCCCAGAUGGAGGACUUUUUCUCCCGGCUCAGCGGCAAACUCCCUCACGGCAUAAGCCGUCGCAACCCCCUGCGCAUCCUCGAGAUGGGCGCCGGCACGGGCGGCACAACCAAGCGGAUCGUGCCCCUUCUAGCGCGGCUGCAGGUGCCUGUUGAGUACACCUUCACAGACCUCGCCCCAUCAUUUGUGUCGGCCGCGCGCAAGACGUGGGGGAAGCAGUACCCCUGGAUGAAGUUCCGGGCGCACGACAUUGAGAAGGCGCCUGAGAAGGACCUCGAGGGGACGCAGCACUUUGUCAUUGCCAGCAAUGCCAUUCACGCGACAAAGUCGAUCGCUGUGAGCACGGCGAAUGUAAGAAAAGUGCUGCGGGAUGAUGGGUUUCUUGUCAUGAUGGAGAUGACGCGCACGCCGUACUGGGUCGAUCUCAUCUUUGGCUUGUUUGAGGGGUGGUGGCUGUUUGAGGACGGCCGGAGACACGCCUUGACGCAUGAGUCUAGGUGGGAGAAGGAUUUGAGGGGUGUUGGGUUUGGGUGUGUUGAUUGGACGGAUGGUGAGAGGCCGGAGAGUGCGAUCCAGAGGGUCAUUGUGGCUGCGGCCAGUGGGAAUGGCAGUGAGAAUAGUAGGUGCGAACACGAACGAUUGCCCGUCCCAACCAGCCAUCAUGAUGGCUGCCUGAGCAAGCCGGAUGCUUCCCCCGACUGCGCAGCACGCGAAGAACUCGUGGCCAAGUACGUGCGUGAUCUAACCCAGGGGUUUGACGAGGGCUUGUCGGACCUUACACAAGUUACCUCUCACCCACGGCCUGAUGGUGAUGGCAUGAAAUGCGUUUUGAUAACAGGCGGCACCGGCGGGCUAGGCACUCAUCUAGUCGCCGAAGCCGCCCUGCGCAGCGACGUGGGGAAAGUCAUCUGCCUGAACCGGCUCAGCAAGCAGCAAAACCCCCGCGACCGGCAACUGCAGGCUCUACAAAAGAAGGGCAUCGUCAGCCUGCCUGCAGAGGCAUUGGCAAAAAUCCAUGUUUACGAAACAGACCUGACCCAGCCGGUAAACCUUGGCCUGCCCGAGGCCGAGUACCGCGCCCUCCUCCAUGUCCCCGGCGUGACGCAUAUUGUGCACAAUGCAUGGCUGAUGCACUCGAAAUGGCCUGUGAAGCGGUUUGAGCCGCAGUUGAGGAUUAUGAGGAAUCUGUUGGGAUUUGCCCGGGACCUUGCCAUUUCCAACCAAAACAACAACCGCACAACCAGUACAAACACUUCCCCCGGCAGGGUCACGUUCCAAUUCAUCUCCUCCAUCGCCACAGUCGGGCAUCACCCCCUCUGGACCGGCCGCCCGGUUGUGCCAGAGGAGCGUGUCCCGGUGGAAAGUGUCCUGCCGACGGGGUACGGCGAGGCAAAGUAUAUUUGCGAGCGGAUGAUGGAUGUCACGGUGCAUAAGUUUCCGGGGGUUUUCAGAGGGACGGUGGUUAGGUUAGGGCAGAUUGCUGGCAACUCAAACUCAAACUCAAACAGCAGUGCUACUGGGAGUUGGAGGCAUUAUUGGAACCCGAUGGAGCAUGUCCCGUUCCUGCUCAAGUCCUCCCAGACGCUUGGUGCGCUGCCCGAUUUGCCGGGCACGCUGGGCUGGACGCCUUGCGAUCUUAUGGCAAGAGGGCUGUUGGAGAUUGCUCUGCGGUCUGAUGAUCAAGGGGAUGAGAUGUACCCUGUGUAUCACAUUGAGAAUCCCAUCCGGCAGUCCUGGCGGGACAUGUUAAGCGUGCUGGCGGAUGAGAUGGGCAUCUCUUCAUCCAUAAACGAUAAUGGGAUAAUCCCGUUUGACGAGUGGGUGCGCCGGGUGAGGGAGUGGCCAAGGAAAGAGGAUAAUGGCCCGCAGGGGAAGAAUCCGGGGUAUAUGCUGGUGGAUUUUUUGGACAGCAAUUUUGUCAGGAUGAGCUGUGGUGGGUUGUUGAUGGCCACGGCACGGUCGAGGGAGCAUUCGCCGACUAUGGCGGGGCUCGGGCCGGUUAGUGAGGAGCUGGCGAGGGGGUUUGUUAGGGGGUGGAGGGAGAUGGGGUUCCUUGCUUAG